ACGAGAAUCCAAAUAAAAAACACUAAUAUAAACAACCAAGAAAUAAGUUUAGCGUAGGUCUACUUGGUUACCGAACAUAUUGUGUGUAGCCUACGCUAUAUAGCCUAUAGAACUGUUGAGCUGAAAAAAGCUUUUUUCUCCCAACAUAGGCUACAGUAGAAUACGCGGCCUGCCAAUAUAAGAGUAGAGCAUAGGAUACGACUCAUUCACUUGACAUUUGUUUAUUCUGCUGUGACGCGUACUCAUAGGGAGUCCCGUGUUGAUCGCCAUUCGAACUGCCUGUUAUCGCUGCUCUUUUGUCACAAUGGAUUCCUUUCAUUGCAUUAUGACAUCAGGGCAGAAUGUCGUUUAUACUAUACUGUCAGGCAAUCUGCAAACGACAAACGGCACAACCAAAACAUCAUUUGGCCUAAUAGUAUAGCCUAAUGACAGAUGGGUGGUAUGCCGUUCGGAUAGAUGGAUUUAGGCAGAAGACCACAUAGGUCCUGGUAAAUAAUACUGAUAACCUUCUUUCUGCUAACAUUUACUGCCGCACUACAUUCUACUUAGGUUAAAUUUAAGUAUUUCAAGUUCCAUGUGUCUAUUUAUUUACCCAGAAUGAUUAUUUGAAUUGAAUUUGCCUGGUACAAUCGAAUAUUUUCAGUGCCUUAACGUUAUGCAAGUGCGGUGUGUUGGCCUACGCUGUAGACUUUUCCUCCGUCCAGGUCUAACCAGAGCCUCAAUUUACUGGGCCCAACUGAGGAUGAGGUCAUGCUGAGAAAGCGUCUCAUGGCUGAGGAGUACAAGCGGGCCUUGGUGGCUCAAAUAGAGGAGCAGAGGCAAAUGCGAGAGCAGGAGAAGACGGCGCGGGUGGAUGAGGAUAGGAGACGGAUGCAGAAGUUUCGAAAAGACGCAUCUGCCAAGAGACAGGAAGCGAGUGUUCUGCAUGUCUCACAGGUGCGCCCACGGAAGUCAGAAGAGCCUCAACCCAUUAUGACGUCCUCACAGAAUUUCAGCACUGCCAAUUACGACCCAAGGUUGAACGUGUCUGUACUACAAUGUUUCAGGAGAGUCUCUGCACCCAGAGCUGACCACAGCCAAGCUGAGAUGCUACAGAAGAAGCACCUUCGUGCUGAGGAAUACAAGCGGGACUUGGUUGCUCAGAUUGAGGAACAGAGGCUGCGCCGGGAACAGGAGAAGGCCACACGACUGGAGGAAGAGAAGAAGAUGGUCUGGGAACAGCAGAUCAAGCAGGAGCUAUCGCGGACUAAAAGACAGGAGUUGCUGCUGAACACCAAGAGAAGAGAGGAACCUCAGACCAGCAGUGAAGCCACACAAAAACACAAAUAUAUCCACCACGCCCUUUGGGAUCCAGUGAAGUCUGAGACCGCUCUGAGGAAACAUCUGAAAGAAGAGGAAUAUAAGCGCGACCUACAGGCACAGAUCGAGGAGCAGCGGCAGCGGCGGGAGAUGGAGAAGGAGGAGCGGAAGGCGGACGACCAAGCCGCGGUGCAGACUGAGGAGAGGCGGCUGAGGAGCGAGAGGGAGGUGAAGGAGUGGCGCUUUCCGCAGGACACGCUGGGCAGAAGACACGAGGUGACCGUGGAUUCUCACGCCUCCAUGGAAUUCUCAGAAAGUAGCAAAUACGCCCAUAACCUGAGCUGCCUUCUGGACCCCGCCCAGCUUGAGCUCAUGCAGAGGAAACGCAUCAGAGACGAAGAGCACAGGCGGGAAUUAGACAUACAGGUUAAAGACCAGCGGCAGCGGCGGGCGAAGGAAAAGGAGGAGCUGCUGGUGAAGGAGCUGGCGCAGGAGCGGUCAGAGGACAGGAGGCUGAAGAGGGAGGAGGAGUUCAGGCAGCAGAAGCUCCUGCUGGAGCAAAAGAAGAAGGAACUGGAGGCGCAGAUGGAGGAGCAGAGGCAGUGGCGGGAGAAGGAGGUGCGGCUGGCGAAGCAGCAGGAGAUCAAGCAGCCAAAGUUCCAGCAGGAUGCCAGGAGAAAGGGUCUGCAUCCGAAUUGGAAAGAGGAGCAGUUGGACGGGACACAGGUAGACGUGGCUUCCCAGCGGUUGCCUUUGGUGGCCAGGAGGAACCAAGACGUCUCCAGGCAGCUGCACUCUACAGAAUACGUCUCCCUCAAAGUGUGCAAGAGCUGGGAUAUGCUUGGCUAUACAGUGCUGACUGUCCACACAAAGGAUGCAGCGAGCCAGACAGAUCCUCAUGAUGGUUUCAUGCAAAGCGUGGAAACGACUGUACGCCCCACACCGCACCAUGUGAACCACAGGCCCAGGCUACCGUCGCCCCCGGUUCCCGCCGUACAGAGGUGGCUUCAGGACCAGUCAGCUCAGCCUGAGUGUCCUCCUUCGGAGGGGGGGGCCGAGGUGGACCGUGCGCGCCCGUCGUCCUCCUCCGGGCCCUCCUCCUCCUCGGGUGGCUUUGUGCGCAAACCCCCCUCUACCCCCCCUGUGCAAGACUUCCUGCAGAACGCCGAUCACACAGUGCAACAGCGCAACAGUGAGCACGGCAGUUACGUGCGUCAGAGCCAGCAGGAAAACCAGACCGAUUUGGAUCCAGAUUACUAGUCAUCUCAAUGUCCCAAAGAGCACUUCUGGACAACCUUUCACUCCCUGAUCAAUAUGCGUGACCUUACUGAGGAUUGUGUUCAGAAUCUGUUUUUGAGAGACCUGUAUAUGAAUUACCAUCUGUUCUCAUUAAAUGUUAAUCAUUAUUAUGUA